UAUGUCUCCUUCAGCAGCCCUUCGUGUGAGACGUCUUCGCGUGCGCUCGGGUCGUCUCGAAGGACACCGAGGAAGACUGAAGACGCUGACAAGCCGGCGAUGGUUUACCCUCAGCGUUGAAAAACUUGUGAAUUGUCGAGAGGCUGAAAGAGAAGCAGUCAACGAGAGGCUGUCGUGGCAGGAACGUUGCGCUCGGAAGGGAGACUGAGAAGGGAGUUUUUGCUUCGUCUGUUGGAGGAACGAACGCCACAAGAAGCCAGUUUCUUCCGAUCCUUAGGAGAAGGGAAGCACAAGGAAGCAGGCGGUGGGUGAUGGCCGGCUUCGUUGUGAGGAGUGGGAGUGAGGAAGUCUCUCGGUGGUGUUUUUGGCCGAGGUUCCUGGAUAUCCUGAUACUGCUGCUCCUCGUCCUCGCCCACAGCACCUCCGCCGGCGUCCUCGGGAGGGAGAGAACCGCCGACACCGACACACGACUGAUGGGGUAUUUUGAGACCAUCAGCAGUGACGACAUCAGCAACCACUUCAAGCACAUGCUACUCAACAUCAGCUACACUGACAUAUUCGGAAGGGCACGACCCAACGACUCUCCCACACGAGACCGAGGCAAUACAAACGAUUUCAACAAUAACAAUUACUAUAACCAUGGCAACUAUGGCAACGUCAGGCACGGAAGCACCUCCACUGGCGUCGCCGACAGGGGACGAGUCGACGACUCUCACGCCCUGCUCCAGAAUGAUAUAAACUCUCUCUACGACGAACAGACCCUGAGGGACCUCUAUAACGACCAGACCCUGAAGACCCUCUAUGACGACCAGAGCCUGAGGACCCUCUAUGACGACCAGAGCCUGAAGACCCUCUUCGACGACCCGCCUGUGAAAAACCUUAACUCGUUCCCGAACGUGCGCCCAACGUACAUCCGCAAAACCAUCGUGAUCCCCCUGGGCCUCAUCAUGACCUUGCUCUCAGCGUGUUUCUGCGGGUGCCUGCGCGGGUGCGUGAGCCAAGAGGACGAGGUCAGGGAGAGGAGCCUGGUGCUGAUGACUCUCGUUGCUGAGGACGACCCGGAAGCCAAGGGCCAAGACACGGACGCGCCGCCCACCUACACGGACUUCCUGAAAGCUGAAUCUCCGCCAUCUUAUUCUGAAGUGUUUACGGAAGCGACCUGAGGGCGAGGCCUUGGAGGGCGAGUCUCGAGUGCCUUCCUCCCGGGGAAAGUAGAAAAGUGCUCAUCCUCGUUUAGCGUGGGACGAUUAUUUGUCCUCACUCAAGAUAAGUCCUUCUGUUUCCUUGGCUAUCUAACUGGACACCAGGCAUCUCUGUUUCUCUAUCUGUCUGUCUGUCUAUUUCUCUCUCUCUCUCUCUCUCUCUCUCUCUCUCUCUCUCUCUCUCUCUCUCUCUCUCUCUCUCUCUCUCUCUCUCU